GCGCCCGGGGAAGAUGGGUCUGGUUGCCCUCCUCCUGAUGCUGCUGGCGCUGGCCGGCCCCGUGUGGGGUGCUGAUUACCCCUGCGGGGCGGACUGUGGGACGCAGCCCCUGGCAGCGAGCUACGGCAACAUGCGGGUUGUGGGCGGCCACAACUCCAUGCCGGGGUCCUGGCCCUGGAUCGUCAGCAUCCAGGUUCGCACCAAGACCGGCUACGAGCACAUCUGCGGCGGGUCCCUCAUCCACCCCAGCUGGGUGCUCACCGCCGCCCACUGCUUCAAGACCAAGAAGAUGUUCGGGCUGCGCGGGGUGAUCGGCGCCACACAGCUCUCCAGGCUGGGCCCCCAGGUCCAGGUGCGCAACUACCGGCAGGUGGUGCCGCACGAGAACUACCAGCGCCAGGGGCAGCUCAACGACAUCGCCCUGCUGGAGCUGGACGAGCCCGUCCAGUGCAGCGAGUACAUCCAGCUGGCCUGCGUGCCUGACCGCACCGUGGACCUGAACAAGCUCACCACCUGCUGGGUCAGCGGCUGGGGCUACAUGAGGGAGGAUGUUGAAGUCGUGCCCGACAUCCUGCAGGAAGCCCAGGUCUACUACAUCGACUAUGCCAAGUGCAACGGCAGCGGCUGGUACGAGGGCCAAAUCAACCGCAACACCAUAUGCGCAGGCCACGAGAAGGGCGGCAUCGACACCUGCCAGGGCGACAGUGGUGGCCCCCUCCAGUGCCGGGAGCAAACGUCCAACCGCUUCUGGGUCGUGGGGCUCACCAGCUGGGGGAUGGGCUGUGCCAGGCCCCGGCAGCCCGGGAUCUACACCCUCACGCCAAACUACUUCGAAUGGAUCGUGGCCAACAUGAAGCCAGCGCCGAAGAAGCAGGCAACCCCGCCCCCAGCCCCGGUGUCCGUCCCCGUUCAAAUGGCCAUGCCCACCUCGCAGUUCAGCACCGCGCAGCCACUGCCGCCAAUGCCGCUGCCACCGGUAAAUCAGAAGCCAAAACCAGGUACCUGUAAGUCAGGCCGGAGCAGCAACGCCAAUUUAGUCAAACGGCUGAACAACUUCCUGAAGGCUGUGAAGGAAGACAAGCAUUGAGCAGGACGGAGAGCAGGGCACCGGGCUGGCCGGGGGCUGUUUCUGGGCACUGGACGCUGCCCCAGGGGACUCUGGCACCCAGCCCUGCUCCUCUUGGUGCCCUUGCUGCUGGCAGGGAAAGAGUAAAAGAGUAUUUCUUGUGGUUGGCUUUGCCUCUGUCCUCCCCCAUCCUGCCCAGAGCCACAU